GAUCUUAUGAAAGUCAAAAAACUCCACCUGUCCAAUCCAUGCAAGAUAGUGAACCUGAUCUUUCUACAUAUAGUAAUGAUAUUCGCGGAUUUCGUGCCAUUCAACCAAAAACAAGUACUACCAAAGUCCUUUCUCGUAAGGAAAGAUGGUCGGACGAAGAGGAUUGGGAACCGGUUUCAAAAAAACGUGUAUUAAAAGCGAAGGGAUAUAAUAAUAUUGAACAAAGGUCUAUUGUUCCACAAAAGAACAAUGCAUUCCAAACAGCAAAAUCAUUAUAUCUCGAUCAAUCGAAUGCUGAAUUUGAUCCUUACGCAGAAGAUGAAAGUCCAGGUAAAUGGUCCGAUGAAGAGGAUUGGGAUCCUACAAUAAAACAACAAAUUAUUGAAGCGAAAAAGCAUCAUGAUCCACAUCAUCUUAAUACAAUACCACAAGUUUCGUCUACUGAUGAUAUUGAACUGACGGAAGAACAGACUCAUGUAUUGGAUCUUGUAUUGAAAAGCCGGGAGAACGUAUUUUAUACUGGUUCAGCAGGAACUGGUAAAUCCAUUCUACUUAAAAAAAUAAUUAAUGAAGUUAAAAAAUUAUAUGGUCCGGAAAAUGUUGCAGUGACUGCGCCAACAGGCAUUGCUGCAAUAAAUGUUGGUGGCAUGACGAUUCAUUCUUUUUCGGGGAUCGGAACUGGUGAUGAUAAAGCUGAAAAUUUAUUGAAAAAAAUUAAAAGACGAUCAUUGAUCCGAGAUAGAUGGAAGAGUAUAAAAGUUCUAGUCAUCGAUGAGAUAUCAAUGUUAGAUGGAAUCCUUUUUGAUAAGUUAGAGUAUAUUGCAAGAGAAAUACGUCGCAAUCAAAAACCCUUUGGUGAUAUUCAGAUUAUAAUAACGGGUGACUUUUAUCAACUUCCUCCGGUAUCGAAAACUGGUGAAUGCAAGUUUUGCUUCCAAGUUGAUUCUUGGCAACGAGUUGUUAAGCAUUCACUACAAUUGACGAGAAUCUUUCGUCAAAGGGAUGACGAGUUGAUUAGUAUGUUGAAUGAAAUGAGACACGGUGGAAAUCUGUCAAGUCAAUCCAUGGCUCUUAUUAAAAGACUGCAAAUAGCUCCGAAAUAUCCUCCUGAUGGAAUUCUGCCCACUGAACUAUAUGCUCGUAAUGACUCUGUCAAUCGAGCCAAUCAAUCGCAUCUCGCCAGAAUCACACAUAAAGCUCAAAAAUAUAUAGCCGAAGAUUAUGCAUUGCAAAACGACUCAGUACAACUACAAACCUUGAGAAAGAGUUGCCUAGCGUACGACACAUUAGAAAUAAAGCGCGAUGCUCAGGUUAUGCUUAUAAAGAAUCUAACCAAAGACUUGGUAAAUGGAAGUCGUGGGAUUGUAAUCGGGUUUUAUGAUGUGCAGAAGAAUUCAUAUUAUUAUAACGGGGAAGAAGAGAAUUUGCCUCCACAUACAGAACUGUAUCCAAUUGUGCGAUUUACCAAUGCAAUCGAAAAGGUAAUUUAUAAAGAAGCAUGGACACUAGAGGGUGUAGGAGGAAUCGAAUUGGCUAGGAGAACACAGAUCCCCUUGGUACUUGCGUGGGCCAUCAGUAUCCACAAAAGCCAAGGGCAGACUUUGGAGAGGGUUAAAGUCGAUUUGGGUCGGGUCUUUGAAAAAGGCCAGGCCUAUGUCGCUUUAUCUCGGGCCACUUCUGCCGAUUCACUACAAGUACUAAACUUCCGUCAAGAUCUAGUAAUGGCGCAUAAAAAGGUCGCGGAAUAUUACACUUCUUUAACAUCGCUUGUAUGA